AAUGCUCAGUAUUAACUACACACAAAUAAAAACAAGACGUUUCUUAAUGAGGUCGAGAUGGAACAGUGGUUAGGACUCCCGUCUGUGGAAGACUACCACGGUUUGAAUCUGUACAAUUUAUCGUUGAACAGUGCUUAUGUGAUCGCUAAUACCACGCUGAAAAGUGUUUUUAUUUAUGCUGCGAAUGAUCUUUGUUAUGAGUGUCCGUUUAAUCUAGUUACGGAGUUGAGGCAAAAUGAAGAGACAACAUGGAUAGUGGACACGAGCAUGCCUUACACUUGGAGACUGAUGAAGAAGGAUUUGGGGUCUUUCUCCAGGAAUAUUAAGAGGGGUAUCCUGUGUGAAAUGCGACCUACACUCAAAGAGUUUGGAGUCUAUCGUUUGGAUAUCGGAAGAUGCGAGGCCAAGCCGUUGGUUCCUACCUAUAACAGCUAUUUUCCUCUCAUACUAUUCACGUCAAUGCUUCUCGUCUGCGGAGGUAUAUACGCAGUCAUUAAAUUUGCCCUCAAGUGUAGGGCACGGAAGGACGGCGAGGCAGAACUAAGCACUACUGAUAAUGAAAGGGCUAAAUGCGUACACUUCUAUAGGGGGGUUCUUUUACUUCUCCUGAUCUUCAUAACGUCGGGCGCUGGAGGAUACCCAGUCUUCAGCAUCAAACAUGGCGGGCUGUCCGUAGCAGACUGUCUGUUCUGCGUAUACGCAUGGACUAUCGGCAUCAAGAUACCCACCGCUAUGGACGAGGCUGUGAGCAAGGGCAAAAGCAAAAGGUCCAUUUUUGGAGACAUCUUUAUUAGAUCCUUCAUCCUCAUAUUACUGGGAAUAACAAUAGAAUCAACAUUGUCCCAGUUCCCAACUAAUGUGCCUACACUGUGGCGUCCACUGGAGAUGGUCGGCGUGGCUUACCUCUUAGUUGGCACCGUUUACUUCUUAUCCGUACACAAGUUGGAAAUAAAGUCAGAAAACAUUUUCUUCAAAAUGAUUUCGAAUUUAACCUCCCUAGUGUGGUGUUGGAUCAUUGCUAGCUUCGUGUUGGUGACCAUCAUUAUCUUCGUGACUAUGCUCGCAUCCUAUAAUUGUAUAAUCAAAAUACCUCUGACCAGCACAGAGUACACGUACGUCGUGCCGGAACAGUCCACAUAUUGUAACAAUGAGUUCACCAAAUGGGUCAAUCUACUGUUCACUGGAGAAGCUGAAAAGACUAUAUUAGUAGACGGAUUCAAUGGAUUUAGCGGAGGGAUCUUAGGUUUGCUCUCAACUACGCUCUCAACUCUGAUUGGAGUAAAAGCGGGAUAUGUCUACCUAAACUAUGACAAGCAUACAGACAGGAUAAGACUGUGGGCGUUGUGGGGUCUCCUGUUUUCUGUCGGAGCUGUUGUCUUCGCUGGGAUAUCCUACGCUGUUAAAUGUAACUUGUGGCCGAUAUCAUCGAUCCUGUUCGUCACAGCGUCUUCGCAUUUCUUCCUGAUUACUAUAUAUGUCCUAACUGAAUACUACAACUGCAGCUCGAUUGUGACAGCCCUAGGUGAAACAUCUCUGCCAAUACUGGCAGGCCACCUGUUAUUUUCAAAAUCUUUACCAUUCUCAUGGCCCGCAGAAAUUAAUAACCAUUCUUUGUUUUUACUCCAAAAUAUUUGGAUUGUAUUACUAUGGAUUUCCAUAGCUGUUUUUCUGAGGAGAAAUAAAAUUUCCUUUCCCGUUUAAUAUAGUCACUAUUACUAUUAUAGAUAUACAUAGAAAAAAACAAAAACACUUCCCGCUGUCUUCGAUCUUCAAAACUACGCAACGGAUUUUGAUGCAGGUUCAGGUCGAUAUUUUAUUAUAAUUUUACCCGAGCAAAGCACGGGCGAACCGCUAGUAAUUAAUGAAUUCGACUUGGUAAAUAAAUUAACAGUUUCAUACAAACUCUUUGGGAAAGUAAUGGUUUUCUAUGCAUACAUGAUUGUUUAGAAAUAAAUUUAUUGGGAAAAAAAUCAUCGUUCAUGUUUUUGUAACUUUCAAUGUAAAAAUUUAAUAAAUAAAUAUUUUUUCUAUAUUUGAA